GUCGGCCAGUACAGCUCAGCGCUGUGUGCGAGGCGGUACGAAUUGUGGCUGUCACAAUACAGUAAUAAUCCUCAUUUGGUUGUGCAGAUGUUUCGGUCUUUUGUGAGUCAGAAACAUAUUUGAUGCAUGCUAAUGAAAACAGGUAAAUUAAGUAUAUUGCUGCCAUCUCAACUGUGUACACUGUUGUUUUUUUUUGUCCUGCCUCACCCACAUACAACUUUGUGACGUCAUACUGGCAACAGGUAAACAAUUACAGUAGGCAUCCACAAAAAUCACGUGACCGGAGCAAAGGUGAGGCUCAAACAGGAAGUGAAUUUAUAUCUGACGAAUUCACAGCAUAUGUUUGUUUAAUAAGUGUAUUUUCCUUGUCAUAUAUUUGGAACUAGACAUGUUUGUAAUAAAGUGUUGUUGUUUUUUUAAAAUGUCAUUGAGGUACAUUCCGUUUCCAUGCUUCUUCGCCCAUUAGUCGAUAACUAAUCACAUUUGCGCAUUAAAUUUUUAUAGAUUUCGUCAAAUGACAUUGCAUUUGUGAGUAUGUAGUACGAAUUGGACAGUGCAGUGAAGUUGUUCGCAUGAUUACCAAAUUAUAAUCAGUUGCGUGUUUGAUAUUACAGUAUCAGAUUAAAAGUGUUAUAACCUAUAUGUGACAGUAGUGAAACUGCAAGAAAAUAAUUCGCUUGCACUUCAAAUAUUGGUCAGUACUAACCGAUUUUGUCAUGGUCUAUGUUAUGGAGUUUCGCUGAGAAUAAAAGAAAACACAUUUACCAAUAUAUAGGGAAGUGAAGUAUUAAUCGGUUUUAUAAGUCGUGUGACUGAAAUUGUGUCAUGCCUCCGAACGUACACAGAGAUCUUGGAAGAAUAAAAUAUCGUAUAAUUUAAAAGUGAAUCGAUAUUAAUCGAUUUUGUUAAGUGUAUUGAUAUUAUGGCAUUUCACUGAAAAUCAGGCAAUUAACGUCUUACGUGGCCAAGAUGCACGUAAAUGUCACAGUUUAUACUUGAAAUAUAAUAGGUGAGCAUAUGAACGAGUGUAUAAAGGAUUUUCUAGUAAAACUGUGUUGACGCAUCUGGCGCAAGCGCAAUGAAAGUUUUCUGACAGGAAUAUCAUUACAGUAUCGUUUUAAUUGGAAUAUCUUAAGCGAAAUUAAUGAAGGUAGAUGUAUCUAUGUGAUCCACUGUGGUCCAUAGUAUUUAAAACCACCCUGUCUGUCUGUCUAAAUGAGAAAUACUGACGAAACGCUAACAGACAUGGCGCAUAGUGUAAACAAUUGCGAACAAGUUCCUAUGAUGGCGGGCAACAAUAGCUACACACUGCCGCGCAUGAGACGGGAUCCAGCCAGUAAGCCAACGGUGAGGAUCGUGGAAAAUCCGCCACAACGCCGACCCCUGAGUCUAUACGACAACUUGCAGCAGCGUGGAGGUAGCGGGAGCAUAGCAAGUGCGGCAGUGUCGGUGGGAAACCUCACGGAGACCGCAACCCCAUCGGCAAUGGACAGAAGCCCGUCCCAAGCCAACUGCCUGAGUACCACAGUUCCACAGAACAUAGCGGCCACCAACAUCGCCGGCAGGCACACACCCACCCGGAAUUCAUUGCGACAUAGUCGUAUGAUUGUCCUCAGCCGCACCGGAGGAAAAGUGCCUCGGAAGUACCACCCUCCAGUUCUGCGCCAUCAUCGCCUGGCUACAGCACUAGCAGCCCUGCAGGUGCUGCUGGGGGUUGCGGUGUCGUCUCUUGCAGUAUGGCUGCUCUUAUGGGCUCCAAAUCUCCGUGUCCGUGACAUCCCUUAUUGGAGUGGCUUACCAUUGCUGCUCUCUGGUAUCAUGGGGUUGCUGCUGCUGUGCUGUUGCCACAAAGACUACCCUGGUAUGCCUCUUGGCAUCUGGAUGUUCUCUCUUAAGGUGAUGAGUGUAUGCGUGGCAGUUGUAGCUGGAGUGACAUGUUUCUGUGCCUGCAUAUUUGCACUCCUGCAUCUCGUAUUCUUGACAAGCAUGGAAUGUGACCCAGCACAUGUGCUAAAUGCGACAUGCAUAUGUCAAGAUGGACAGCGGAUGUACCAAUACACUGACCUCAACUGUCUUGAGGUUGGGAACAUCCUUACUAUUCUUCUGAUAGGAUCCUGUGCCACCAACAGUAUUGGUGGUGUCCUGGCCACAUGGUAUGUGUUUCUGCACUGGAGCAGUCGAUAUUCUUAUCUCUACUCAGAAGUACAGACCAGUGACAAUAAACCAAUAGUGUUCUCCAAUAAGAUGGAAACCCGCAAGUAGAAUGAUGCAAUAUAUCGUCUAGUAUAUUCUCAAUUAUCUGAGUCGAUAUAUAGUCUCGAUACUGACAGGGUCAAUCAACCAACUUUAAAUUAAGUGGGCUAAUGUAGGUACAAGAAGCCCUUAUAACAAAAACACAAGUUAGAAGCCAGAAUUAUCCAUUCAGGCAGCUAGAUGCUGGCUUCACCCAUUGGAGGUCAAAAUUCAGCCCUCAGUGACUUUAUAUGAGGUUUGGGCACUGGAGCAAUUUCUUUUAUCAGAGUUCUUCAGUUUUACCUCGCUAAUUACCAUUCCACCAUUGCUCCAUGCUCAUCUAUUAACGCUCCAAGGUGUGUGAGCUGGCAGUGCAUUGUCAUAUUCUCAGUGUUUACGUCUGUGGCUUCACCUGUAAUGCAGCUCUCAGCUGGUUGCAGAGUAUGGUAGUUGUCUUUUAAAAAUUCAUUUAUCCUGCAGUACAUUAUGAACAGGAUUCCUGCCUAACAAGCAUAACAGAUUUGGAUGUUUUUCCUUUGAGGUUUGUGUGCAGGUACCCAGAAAAUUAUCCACACAGUAGAUUGAAUUAGUUGCCAAAUAAAUUAAGUCAUCAUUACAAAAACAUAACCUAGUCUGUGACACACUUAACUUUCUUACACUUUCUUACCAGUAUUAAAAUGGUCCCUCAUUUUUCUUUCUUUCUGUUAUAUUUAUCCAAUAUAAGAUAAGUUUUCAAAUAAAGUGGUGCCUUUUUGCCAAAAGUUCUUACGGUUAAGGGUGGAAGACUUAAUUCUGAUAUCCAUAAAAAGCAUAAAAUAGAUAAAAUUAUUUUCAAUAAAAUUUUAUAUUAAUAUGAAAUUUUCUCAGCAGUAUUUAUAUUAUGUGAUAUGCCAGUAAAGUUGAAGAUGGUGUGAAAUCCUGAGGCUUUCCAAUUCUGACCAUAUCCAACUGGAAGAGUUCUGUCUCCUGGGAUAUAAUGCCGUGUAGUCCAGUAGUUGACCAACAUUUCAGAGGAACACGUCACAUUCAUCUUCAGGGUUUCAUAUGCAUAUAAGACUACAUACAACAGUAUGGUUUUGUAUAUUUUAAUCUUUAGGUUUCUAAAUAGGACAUGUGAAGUAUUCUGAAAUAAAUUUAAAUUGUUUUUUAGUUCUUCAUAAAUAUAAUUUUGAUCUGUUACUGUCCCUCACAAAUAUUUCAUUUUUGCUACAUUUGUGAUGGACUUAUUAACUAUAUUUAUAUUUUUCCACAUUCUGAUGACAAGACAUGAAUGCAGACAGUUUUUCUGUGUUCAUAUCAAGACCAAUAUCUAUAGUAGUGCUUAUUAGAAUGUCCAUGUUUUUCUUUAUGGCAUUUAUGUUUUUACCCAAUAUAUUAACAUCACCAACAGAGACCACAAUCUGUAUAACCCAUGCAUGAAUAACUGGGAGUAUUCUGUACAUCUACUGGGUACUGUGUUCUCCAAUUACAGGUGACAGGGAAAACAAAUAUACAUAAUUAAUUUAUUUUGCAUUGAGGUAAAUAUAAGAUGACAAAUGGAUCUAAUAAACAAUUGUACCUGAAGUACUGACACUUAAACAUAUACUGGUAAAGGAUACCGUUUCAGAGUCAUCAUUUGAUUCUUGGAUGGAAAAUAUCUGGACUGAGAAAAGACUGCAAUUUUUUAAACAGGUUUGGUUUGCAACUUGUAACAAUUUUACAAUAAUUUAUUACAGUCCCAAUAUGAACAUCGGGGUUUUCUCUCAACCAGUAUUUCUUGAUUCUGGGAUCCCUCAAAUUAUUAUCCAGGGAGUACCAUGAGCUUUCACUGAAUAAUAAAGUUAUUGCUCUAUGGGGAGGCAUCCUUGUCUUUCAUUAUCUGUCACAUGCAAAAAACAGUUUCCAGUCAGUAAAAUUUAAAUGCUAUAUCAUAAAUCUAAAUGCACAUCAUAUUAACACAUAUUUGAAAUGAAAAGUUAUAGGUCUUAAUGAGAGAGAUAUUUUGUGUCAUCACAUCUUAUAUAGCUAGUCAUUUCUGAAGAAUUUUACAGUUUGUUUUCAGCUUCAUGUAAUGUAAAGGCAAUGGAAGAACAUUAUGGAUCAAAAUAAGAUUUACCAGACAACCCCGAUGUUGACGCACUGUAUCAUAUUCCAUCAAAGUAUCUUAAAUUGUCUGGUAAAUCAGCCAGUCUCGUUAAAAUGUAAUGUUGCUGUCUUAAAACAUGAAUAAAUGUAACUAAAAUCUGAUAAAUGCUUUGUGGGAUAAAAUGUUGAAGUCUAUACAUUGAACCUUAUUUUAUGCCCUAUAAUAUAAAAAUGACAUUUAGCACAUGGAGCUUAUUUUACAUUACAGACCUAAGACACAGUCAUGAGCCACACCUGCUUAAAAAGUAGUUAUCUAAACUAUGAUAGACUAAGUAGAUAAAUACAGUGAGGUGACUCAAAGUCUCAAAAAGAAAAAUAUCUAUGUAACAAUUUUAAAGACUGCGCUUAUGUUUAUGAGUCUUAACCCUUUCAUUGUUAUAAGCUAUUUGCAGUGCGUCAAGGCAAAUAUUGACUGUCACCACCUUUUGUUCAGACUUAACAGAAAAAAAGAAAGCAGCAGUGCAAAGAACAGUUCUUGCUAUUUAUAAUUGUAUAUGAUGAUGUAUGUAAGCAAUAUUGUCUCCAUAGUGGCCAUUAAAGCAAAUGCCUUGGUUUCCAAGUAUGCAUUUGGGCUAACACAGCACAAAUAAUGUAUAUAACCUAAAUACAUUUUCCUAAAUGUGUGUAUUCCUUUCAAUUAGUUUAAUAAACAAAAAUGUAUUCUUCAUUUAGAGGCCCAGUUGGAUACAUGGCAAUCUGAAGGAGUAAAUAUACAUACGUAACAGUAAGGAAAGGUGAGGCUGUAGUUACACAUAUGUAAGAAAUUAUUUAUUAUGAAGAACUGUACUAAAGUUGAAAUGGCCAGCACUAAUUAAAACAAACAUACAUUAUGUAGGAACAAAACAUUAAUGAGGAAAAUGUCGCAAUGACAUCCAACAUCAACAGGCAAUGAUUCAUUUAGAUAUUUCAGGUUCUCACAGGAAUGGUUACAAAGAGUUCUGUCUUUUGGGAUCUAACACCAUGUAGUUCACUGAAUGUCAGUCAGUGUUCCCCUGAAACAUUGGCUGAGUUUCAAUGGACUGUAUGUCAUUAUUUCCCAGAAGACAGAAAUCUUCAAUCAUUCAUUUACUUGUAAAAUAUGACUGAUGCCAAUAUUUGACUUCACAGGUUUCCAUCGUGCUCAAAAUUUUCAUUAAAUGAACAUUGUGAAAUGAGAAAUUAUUGUAUGUACUUCAUUGACAUUGAAAGGACUCAUAUUUAUCCUCAUAAAAUAGCAUGAAUUUGCUUUUAUGCUGCCUAUUCUAUAAGAUACAACUUAGUUUAAGACACAUUUUGAAUUAUAAAAUUUGUCAGUAUCUUCAAAAGGGUUAUAUUGACACCCACUUGAAGCAGCCAUUAAACCACAUCAGAGGAACACACAAAGUAGGUUUCUAAGAAUGGCUUGACACUUUCAGUACUUAAUAAAUGGUGUUAAAGGUCACUCACCAAAAUCAUUGCAGUCAUAUUAGUUUACAUAAUACAUAGCUAGUAACUCCCUUCUGAAUAAAUGUAUAUUUUUCUAUUUACUAUUGUAAAGUUUACACUUUUCCUGUAUUAAUACUCACAAAUAAACCAUUUGACGUUUUAGUCAAAACUUA